AUCGCUUCACUUCGAUGUGAUUUUUUUUUUUGCAGAUGCAGUAAUGCAUCGGAAGCGGAUGCCUGGUUUGAGAGCAUACACAGCUGUGCAUGUGCUCUGUUAACACAAGCGUUGGCUCAAGUGAAUCUGAUGUUGGGGCACAAUCCACAAGUCCGACGAAUGGGUUGGGUUGCUGAGCAGACUCCCAUUGAGAAUGGACUUACAACCUGGAGGCCGAUGUUUGCGGUGCUUACGCUCAAUGAUUUGCUAUUUUACAAUUCGGUGCCGGUGCUGAAGUCAGAGUGGGCAUCGCCGAUGAUCACUCGACCACUGAUCGCCACCAGA